UUUCGAUUUAAAUAGUAAAGAUUUAGAUUUAGGGGGUGGGGUUAAUAGUUCAUACUUCCUUUUCUUUUAACCAAACACUCCACAAUUUUCUCGGAAAAGAAAAAAAAAUGAAGAAGUGUGAACUAUGUGGAAGGCUAGCUCGAAUGCACUGUGAAUCAGAUCAAGCAAAUUUAUGUUGGGACUGUGAUUUCAAGGUUCAUGGAGCCAACUUCCUCGUAGCUAAGCAUAAUCGAACUCUCCUUUGUCAUGUUUGUCAAAGUCCUACUCCUUGGCUCGCAUCUGGUCGGAAUCUCGGCUCCGCGGUCUCUGUUUGUGAUUCAUGCGUUGUGAACGGUAAUAAUAAGUGUGAGUCAUCGGAGAGAGAGUCUGGUGAAGAGGAGGAGGGAGAUUAUGAUAAUGACGCCAUGGAAGAAACGGAGGAGGAAGAGGAGGCCGAGAUUGAAGAUGCUGAAAAUCAGGUGGUUCCAUGGUCAGGGGAGUCUUCUCCUGUCUCAAUGUCGAAGCCGAUAUCUAGCUUGAAGUCUUUGAGUACUAAUGAAGGGGAUGGCGGCGGCGGCGGCAACGGCAACGGUGACGGUGACGGCGGUUCUGGAUUGAAGAGAAUGAGAGAAAGUCUUAGUUCUUGGUCUGAUGAUGAGACUGGUUGCUCCUCAUCUCAAGUAAGCUCAAGAGGAUCAUCCAAUGGAGAAGCAUCAUCGUCAAUGGAAUCAUCAAGAUUAUUGAAGCAACCAAAAAUAGCUGAAAUUAAUCAAUCAGCUAGGAAUCAAGAUCAUGGUGAAACAAAGUCAAGGUCAACGGCUAUCAUCAGUUACUUAAAAAGGCUUCAGAAGCACACGAUCACCAAUGAUGAUGAUGCAUCAGCCACAAUCACAGGAAUCUGUAGGUUGAGCAGAGAUCAGAGCCGUUAAUUUAUCUCCCACACUAACUCAUAUGUAGGUUUUUUUAAAAAUAUCUCAAGGGUCCCUGUACUCUUUUGAAAUUUAAGAUUUAGUCCCCGUUCUUUAAAUUUGAGACAUUGCGUCCUUGUACUUCAAAUUUUUUUUCCCUUGGUUUGCUGCCAUUCUCUUCAUUUUGUGGAAAUUUGUUGGGAUUUAAUUAUAUUUUUAAUUUUGUAA